GCACUGAAACGGCAACAAGCUGUGGAAGAUGCAAUUGCAUUACGCCUCGCAUCUAGUGAAAUGGGUACUCAAUUAGAAAUGCUCCCACCCGGCAAAAUUUACGGAAUGACUGUAACGGACCCUUGUCCAUCCCCACAGAUAGAGCUAACUUCGACAAUGGAAAUUUCCCCCACGUCGUCUGGUAAUAAAAUCGCAAUGAGUUCUGAUGUAAUUGAAGCAAAAACAAACAACGUAACCGUUUCUCAAAGUGCUUUAGAUAUGCUAUCUCAACUUUUUCCACACAGGAAGCGAUCCGUACUUGAGUUAAUUUUGAAGCGAUGUGAUUUAGAUUUAUUGAAAGCAAUAGAGCAGUGCAGUAAAAAUAAUCCAUCUAGCGCUUUCAAACCACCACUUUCAUCAGCAUCGCAUAUCACACACCAUCAGCUACCGUUUAACUCACCAAGUCCUCCAAACUAUCCAUCGUUGAUUGCUUAUCCAAAAUGGUUACUUCCCAUGUCUAUCCCAGUACCUAUGGGACAUUUAGCACCGAGAUGUACUCUACCAAACUGCGUGAUGUGUGUACAUCAUCCAGUAUGAAAUUAAAAAUCUAUAUAUUUAAGUGGAUCUGUCUUAAGCAUGCUAGUAUUGAAAUACAGUUUACAUUAAAAAGAAUUUAGAUUAAAAUAUUCGUUAAUUUAUUGCAUAUUGAUUAGAAUAAGUAUUUAUAAUUUGUCAUGUUUAUUAUCAUUUGAAAUAAAAAUAAGCAAUAUAAAUCA